AUGCGUGUUUUUGGGGGGUAUCGUAGAGCUUGCGUCGCUAGCAUUCUGAGACUUAGAGAACUCCAAAAAUCGUUAAUAACUACACAUUCCACUGACCCAACCUACGACGCACUAGCAUAUGGUAUCUACUCAGUCCUCGAACAAAAUCUCGGCGCGAUAGCCGCAAGUCUUCCUCCAACAAAAGCAUUAAUACAACGCCGAUGGCCCAAUUUUCUAAAAGCAGACCGUGGGAGUAUGGCCGGUCGAGAAGAAGAACAGUUGAGGACAGCUUCGGAGAUGGCGCAUAUUUCGAAGGGGAGCAGCUUUGGUACUGCUGCAGAUGGGAAUUUGGAAAAUGGGGUACCACACAUUACUGAUAUUCAGCCGCUGAGUAGAGCCUAUAGCACGCCGUGA